AUGAUUGACGGCGAAACAUUCCUCUUCACUUCCGAGUCGGUCGGCGAAGGCCAUCCAGACAAGAUUUGCGACCAAGUCUCCGAUGCCAUCUUGGAUGCUUGUUUGGCUGUUGACAAAUUUUCUCGCGUUGCCUGUGAAACUGCCACCAAGACUGGUAUGAUCAUGGUCUUGGGCGAAAUCACCACCAAAGCCCAACUCGACUACCAAAAAAUCAUUCGAAAUGCCAUCAAAAAGAUUGGUUAUGACCACUCCGAAAAAGGUUUCGAUUACAAGACCUGUAACGUAUUGGUAGCCAUUGAACAGCAAUCGCCUGAUAUCUCUCAAGGUUUGACUUCUGGUGAACGAAACAUUGAUAACAUUGGUGCUGGCGACCAGGGUAUCAUGUUUGGCUAUGCCUGCGAUGAAACCCCCGAGCUGAUGCCUUUGACCAUCAUGCUCGCACAUAAGCUCAACAUGAAGAUGACUGAAUUGCGAAACAAUGGUGUCUGUGAUUGGCUGAGACCCGACUCAAAGACUCAAGUCACCGUUGAAUACAAGGUUGAAGGUGGUGUCCCAGUCCCUCAACGUGUAGACGCUAUUGUCAUCUCCACUCAACACGCUCCUGAAGUCGACAACGAAACCAUUAAAAAGGAGUUAACAGACAAGGUCAUCAAGGCUGUAGUACCUGCUAAGUACUUGGACAAGAAAACCAAGUACAUUUUGCAACCAUCUGGCCGUUUCAUCAUUGGUGGUCCGCAAGGUGAUGCUGGUGUCACUGGACGAAAGAUUAUUGUCGACACAUACGGAGGUUGGGGUGCUCAUGGUGGUGGAGCUUUCUCUGGCAAGGACUGGUCCAAGGUCGAUCGAUCUGCCGCCUACACUGCUCGUUGGGUCGCUAAAUCCCUCGUCGCUGCUGGCUUAUGCAAACGUUGUUUGAUCCAACUCUCAUACGCUAUCGGUGUUGCUGAACCUGUCUCCAUCUAUGUUGAUACAUAUGGAACCGGCAAGAAGACCAACGGAGAACUCCUCGACAUUGUCAAGAAGAACUUUGAUCUGCGUCCAGGAAAGAUUGUUCAAGAAUUAGACUUGUGGAAACCCAUCUACCAAGAAACCGCUUCUUACGGUCACUUUGUCAAGGAAUUCAUGAUUGAGAGAUCACACCUAGAACGAGAAUACUCAAAGAAGUUGGAGCUGAUGUGUCGAAAGUACUCUACAAGAAGAGAAAAGGAUAAGAGAUCUACUGUCGUCGACUUGAAUUCAACUGAUGACAUACCGGCAAGAAGAGCAUGGCAAGAGAUACUUAGAAAGACGGAAGAAAUUGCCAAAAGAAGAGGUGUCUUGGGAGAUUCAUUGUCUAGUGACGUGGCUGAUGAUUUGAGAUCAAGGGGCAGUGUUUUUGAGGAGGCCAAACGCAAGCAACUGGCAUUCUCUCAACGUCUCGUAUCGGAACGUGAAAAGGCAGCUGCAGAGACGGACAAGGCCAAAGAGAAGUACAAUUUACGUUGUGACGCUGUUGAAGUCGCUCGAGUAAAGAGUGACGCUGGUGCAACUUCUACAGUUCAAGAUAAAAUGAGAAAGCAAUGGCAUGCAGAGAUACUAGAAAUGAAUAGUGCCAAGAAUACGUAUUUGCUGUCCAUCAAGGCUGCCAACGCUCUAUGCCAUCAGUUAUCAGAGAGCGGAUUUCCAUUUGUCAUUGAGGGCCUGGAGAACGUGAAUGAAUCUGUAGUUGAAUUCGUAUCAGAUGCAGUACAACGACACAUCACCCUGCUCAAAGAUCACGAUGCGGAUGUGGAUAUCAUAUUAUCUGAUAUUGACGAUAUUGCUAAAAUGAGUAUGAGAGCUGCUGAAGUCCCAUCUCGACCAAACAAGAAUACCGCUGAGCCCGUUCCCGAGUUCUUUUUUGAACCAUCAGGGCUUUGGAAGGAGAAUGGAAUGAUUGCUACUGAUGAGCAUAGCAAGAUAUGGUUGCGUAACAAGCUUCAUAAACUUCGAGCUAGACAAACUAUAUUAAACGGAGAGAUUACUCGUCGAGAAAAGGAAGUUCAAGGAUUGGAAAAGCUCCAUAAUGCUUAUACUGAGAAUCCUUUAUUGGGAGAUGCUCAUCAAGUGAAUGAAAACAUGCUGGAAUCAUUACGAGAACAACGCAUUGUGGAAUUAGAACAUGCUAUUACUGCUUCGCAAAUAUCAACAGUGAUUGAUUCUAUUGGCGAAGAUCCAGCAAAUAUCUCGUGGCAUGACUGGAAGACAUCGUCCUUUUCAAUACCAACUCAAUGUGAUCUAUGUUUAACAAACAUUUGGGGUGUAGGCUCAGGUUUAUGCUGUCAAACAUGUAAUUCCAACGUUCACGCACGUUGUGAAUUACGUGUUCCUCCAUCAUGUCAUAAAGGAUCUCCAGUACGACAAACUCGAUCACUCAGCGUAUCAUCCAAACCCUCAUUCUCGUCUUUACGAAUGUCGACUGCGUCAUCUACCGAUUCGUCUUCUGCUCCUAAUUUACAAGCUGCACCAAAUACCAUAUCGCAUAAGCCGUCGUCAUUGGGAUUGCUGUCUCCUAAAGAGUCUACUGAUGGAUGGAAGACGCCGUCACCUAUAGAAAUGGCUGAUGGUACUAGUGAAAAGAAGGUUGGGAAGGUCUUGUAUGAUUAUUCCAAGACAAAUGAUGAUGAGCUCGACGUAAAGCAAGGUGCCAUAGUCACUGUUUUAGAGGAUGAUGUGUCAGGAUGGACCCGUGUCGCGGUGAAUGCAGUUGGUGGUGAAUCUGGAUUAAUACCAACUUCCUGGUUGAGCAUUCAAGAAUCCAAAACCAAAAACUUGACAAUAAAACAAAAGCAACAAGAUGUCUCGAGUCGUGGAAACCAGGAUCGUGCCAAAGUCUUGUAUGAUUAUUCCAAGGCUAAUGAUGAUGAUGUGGAUGUUCGACAACAUGACAUUGUCAUCAUUAUUGAGCCUGAUAUGGGAGGAUGGACACGAGUAGCUGCUAACGGAGCAGAAGGACUUGUCCCUACAGCAUGGCUCUCUGUAAUUGACUGA